AUGAAACUGAGCAACUAUCUUUCUGUUACCAGUACCCAACUGGAUGAAAUAAUUCAAGAAACAGAAGCAGAUCCAACAAUGCAGCUGAUCGUUGAAUACAUCCAAAAUGGGUGGCCGAUGAAAGUCGAGAGCGUUCCAGACAGUGUUAAAAUGUAUUACGGUUAUCGGAGCGAAUUGUCAACGCAGGAUGGCUUGAUCUUCCGUAAUGAUCGUAUUCUUAUUCCACAUUCGUUGCGGAAGAAGUUAGUGGAGAAAUGUCACGCUAGUCACAAUGGCAUGGAAUCGACGUUGAGAUUGGCAAGGGCCAACCUGUUCUGGCCUGGUAUGGCCUGUCAAAUUAAGGAAACGGUGAAAACCUGUGGUAUCUGUGCAAAGUUUGCUGCGUCACAACCGAAUCCUUCAAUGAAGAGUCACGAGAUUCCCAUUCACCCGUUUCAGCUCGUGUCUAUGGACGUUUUUUUCGCACAGGUGAAUGGCGUGAAAGGCAAGUUUCUGAUAACUGUGGACCACUUUUCAGACUUUUUUGAGGUGAACCGCCUGAACGAUUUGAGCCCCGAUUCUGUUAUUAUCGCUUGCAAACAAAAUUUCAGCCGCUAUGGAGUACCGCAAAGAGUCGUGACCGACAAUGGAACGAAUUUUUCAAGUCAUAAAAUGAAGAAGUUUGCGGCUGAUUGGGAUUUUGAAUUGACUUCAUCGUCUCCACACCAUCAACAGGCCAACGGAAAAGCGGAGGCGGCUGUAAAAAUCGCUAAACAUCUUAUGAAGAAAGCCGAGGAGAGUGGUAAUGACUUCUGGUAUGCUCUUCUUCAUUGGCGGAACAUCCCAAACAAGAUUGGCUCCAGCCCAGUGGCACGACUGUUUUCGCGUUCCACUCGUUGUGGCGUUCCUACCGCCGCCGCUAAUCUUCUUCCAAAAGUGGUCGAAAAUGUACCGGCUAAAAUUGAAGAGAACCGUAAGCGCGCUAAACUACACUAUGACAAAAAGACAAGAAACUUACCUGAAUUAGAAAUAGGAUCUCCAGUCUACGUUCAACUGCAUCCUGAAUCGUCAAAGGAGUGGAGUCCAGGAGCUGUAUCCCACCGGUUAAAUGACAGGUCAUACACAGUGAACGUAAACGGAACUAAUUAUCGUCGUUCGUUGGUCCAUUUGAAGCCUCGUAAGGAGCCCAAUACGCAACCUAGCCGUGAAAUGCGCAAUCCUGAACCGAUUUCGAGCGUCAAUCCGUGUAGCUCACAACAAGACGAAGGUACAUCGACGGAGUGUUUACCUUCAUUUCAUGUUGAAGCAACCACCUCAUCAUCACCACCGCUGCUACCUACGGUUAUGCAACAAUCAUCAAGUGACUCAACACCGACGAUGACUACGAUGACAAGAACGGACAUCGGCUCUAAAUCGAAAAGGGUUUCUCCCGUUAUACCGACCAAAUCAGACCGACCGAAAAGGACGAUUCGUCUUCCAGAAAAAUGA